AAGGCUUUAUGGUUUUUUUUCCUUUGCCUCCGUUUUCUGAAGGCAAGUGCCAAUUUCUUCCACCGGACGAUUCGACAAAAUGGUGAAAGGACGCCAAGGAGAACGUGUCAGACUCUAUGUCAGAGGAACCAUACUUGGAUACAAAAGGUCAAAGUCGAACCAGUACCCAAAUACGUCCCUAGUCCAAGUCGAAGGAGUUAACACAACAGAGGAAGUGGCAUGGUACAAAGGGAAACGAAUGGCUUACAUCUACAAAGCCAAGACCAAGAAGAAUGGUAGUCACUACCGUUGCAUUUGGGGCAAAGUCACAAGGCCUCACGGUAACAGCGGCGUGGUUCGAGCCAAAUUCACAUCCAACUUGCCUCCUAAAUCAAUGGGAGCCCGAGUUCGAGUGUUUAUGUAUCCGAGCAAUAUCUAAAACGUUGUGAACUGUUUUUUUCUUUUUUUUGUUCUGCAAGUCAAGUCUUCGUUAGUGGACCUUGUUUUGUUUGACUCUUAAUAUUAUCUUGAAACUGAUCUCGUGUGUUAACUAUUCUGCCC